AAAACAGGUUUGUGACGCCGCCUUUUUUUUUAUUACCUGUACGAAAAUAACCAAUCGAAUCCAAUCGGACUAUGUCGUUAAUUGUCGUUAGGUUUCGUUCUUCCGAACGCACAACCGAAAAGAUCCGAAAGACGGCGCACUCUCCGUGACGUCAAGGGAUUUUCCCGAGUAGAUUCAUUGAUGAGUCAUCCAGAAGAAACGAACUUCAGUACCCAAUCAUAUUUCCUAUAGACUCAGAACACGGCGGGUUGUUUUAUGAAGACAGCUACUUCUUGAAGGACCAAAAGCCAUACCCGUCAAAGAUACCGCCCGGGCGGUCGGGCGCUAUCUACCCUCGCAAUUUUGAGGCGAAAUUUCAAGAUGGCGGCCCCGAAAAGGCCUGGUGACAGUCAAGAUAAAGACUAUAGGCAAAGGGUGGUCGGUGAACUAGGCUGCUUACGUACUCGUACCAAUGAUGCCAACCUGUCAGGGCCAAAACUAUCUACAGCAUUAAGACGUCAGGGACUAAAACUCCAGUUCAAUUCAGGUUUCACAAACAUCUCUUCGCCAUCUUUGGCUGAUAUGGGUCAUACCACGCAGAUAGAAAGACUACGUUCCAGAGGAAUUGACAAAUCUAGUAGUGGCACCCUUCAAAUUUCACCUCAACAAAAAUUUGACUUCACUGCUGAAGAUUUAACUGACUUGGGAGAAAUUGGCCGAGGCAACUAUGGUACAGUGAACAAGAUGUUCCAUGAAGCUAGCGGUGUGGUCAUGGCAGUUAAAAGAAUAAGAUCCACUGUGGAAGAGAAGGAACAACGUCAGUUGUUGAUGGAUCUUGAUGUGGUGAUGCGAGCGAAUGACUGCAAAUAUAUUGUGCAUUUUUAUGGUGCUCUCUUUAAAGAGGGCGACUGCUGGAUAUGUAUGGAGCUGAUGGACAUUUCCUGUGAUAAGCUGUAUAAAUUUGUCUAUGGCGAGAUGGAAAGCUCAAUACCAGAAGAAAUUUUAGGAAAAAUUGCAGUUGCAACUGUCAAAGCAUUAAAUCACUUAAAAGAAAAGUUAAAAAUUAUUCAUAGAGAUGUUAAGCCCUCCAAUAUUCUGCUGGACAGAAGAGGAAAUAUCAAACUGUGUGAUUUUGGUAUUAGUGGGCAGCUGGUCGACUCUAUAGCAAAGAGUAGAGAUGCUGGCUGUAGACCAUAUAUGGCACCGGAGAGGAUCGAUCCGAAAGCAUCUCACAGAGGUUAUGAUGUUCGGUCAGAUGUCUGGUCGUUAGGCAUCACACUGAUGGAGCUAGCAACUGGGAAGUUUCCGUAUCCCAAAUGGACUAGUGUUUUUGAGCAGUUGACCCAGGUAGUUCAGGGACCACCACCUAAACUGAGGCCAAAAGACCGAUUCUCUCCUGACUUCCAUGAUUUCCUUAGCACAUGUUUGACGAAAGAAGAGCGACAGAGACCAAAAUACACUAAAUUGUUGGAGCAUCCUUUCGUGAAGCGGUUUGAAGAAACUGUUGUGGACGUGAGUUCGUAUAUUGAAAAAAUCCUUGAUCAAAUUCCGUAUUCCCCAUUCAAAGAUCAAGAACAGCCGUUGUCAUAACGACACGAGGUGCUAUAAGGAAAACAAAUAAAACAAAUGGAUGUAAAUAUUAUUCUUGCGACAUUGUGAUAUUUCCAUGUUUUGCGACGUGCCAGGCAGUCGGGUUUCGACAGUUUCUCAAAGGCCAGGGAGUGUUGCUAAACACAUCGGUGACAGACAAACGUGUUUCUGCUAAUGCAAGGGAGAUAAUAUUUUGUAUAUGGACAGAGUUUUAUAUAUAUAUUAAUUUAAUUACUAGUAUCUGUUACUAUUACUGUUACUAGAUUGAUUUUACCCCUGCUGGGAAAUAGGGGAUUAUAACUGCUGGAGAAUAGUGUCUCUUCACAAACGUGAUUCGUGUAUAGUUACAGAAUACUUUUUUGAGAUAAACAAUUUAGUUCGUGAACUUGUGUCCUCAUGGGACCAACCAUGACAAAAUAUGUUGGUUUACUGUAACCCAAUAGUCUCGUAAAAAUGGCGCCAAAUUGUUUUAGAUAUUUUAUUACAACAAUUUUAAUCUGUUCUCCCUCCUUAUUUUUUUUUUUUUUUUUCAAUAUAUUUAGUAAAUAAAGGAAAUGAAAUAUAAUAUUGAUUGACCCACUACUAGAAUGAGGUGUAUUACAGUAAACCAAAUAUUUUUUCUUUAGGAAAGUAUUGUUCCGGAAUUGAACAGUUAGGAGUUGGUGGAUUAGGUGGAGGGCACCUUUUUGUCUACCAACCACUCACAAAAUAUAAUUUUAUUUAAACCAAAUGUGUAGAGGCUAAAAUUAAUAAUUAUGGUGCCUCCACCCACCCACCCCUGUCUUCAGUUAUAGAACAGCCCUUACGAAUAAUAAUAUGUAACAUGAAAUUAACUUAAGAUUUUUAGUUGAUCACUUAACGUAACAAUAAGGUCAAACUGAUUUUAUCGCAUUAUUUGUGAGUAAUUGUAGCAAACUUAAUAUAGAAAAUCUUUACUACAAGUCGCACUGUUAGGGGCAUUUCCAGAAGUUAUUAAAAUGGGGAGAGAAAACCAACUCUUUAUAUUUUUUUCAAUGUCUUGUAUGUCUUUUUUUCUUCUUUUUUUCAAAAUUCAAUAACGGCAGUUUGUUUAAUUCUGUUAUUUGAGUGGUGACAGGCAAAUGUUCAUCAAGGUUGACAAGUUUGUGGCACCGAUAGACGAGAGAAAGCAAAAGAAGUUUAAAGAGAGGAGAAGCUGAAGAGUGGGGGUGAAAUGAGAUAGAAACCAAAUUGCCUCCCACCUCUCUGAUAAUUUUUGGAACAGCCCAGAGAAUUUAUCUUAUGGUUACUUACCUCAAUGUGUUAAUGCAACUCUUUUAUAUGUACAUUUUAGAGGUCAUUAUUUUAGUGUUCAGAAGUGAUUACAAAUAUGUAUAACAAUUAGUUGUUCCGAAUGCUGGUCUUCGGUAUUAUAAAAUGUAUUUUUAAAGAAAUGAAUUUUAUGCAAUGGAAAUGACUUCCUUAUAAUUUUUCUUUGUAUUAAAUUAUAACAGAAAAUCAACUUUCUUAAAAAAACUUUUUUAUUGUAAUAAAAUUUGUAACAGGGCUUCUAGUAUUUUUUUAAAAUCCACUAGCCAUGGGAUCAGUGACUUAAACA